CCUCGUGCAGACCUUCACGUCCUCUUCCUCCUCAUCACACACCUUUUUCAAAGGGGAAGGGGGCGGAGCCUGAAGCGGCUCUAGACAAACGGGCUGUCAUAAAGUUAGUCAGUGCUGGGAAGGCUGCUCACCUGAGCGCCCCACGCGCACGUGCCUCACCUGGAGCGCCGGGGACGGAGAAAUAUGAUGAGGAUUUUAUUUUUCUGGAGGCAUUUCUCGAGGAGCAGCAGAACUGAUCCGGGUUGUUUUAGAGGAGAAACCGCAGCGACUCCAAAGCAAAGACAGAUCUUUUUAAUGUACGAUCAUUUGGCCAUGUGCUGAGCUUCUGAUUUACCUAAGAAGACAUCAAUUCAUCCACAGUCCGGCUUACAAACCAGCUGCUCACAUGGCCCACCCCUAUGAGCCGUGGCUGAGGACAGCACCACCUGGUGGCAGCUCAGACGACAUGAACAUUCCCUCCUGGUGGGAUCUUCAUCGUGAUGUGCAAGCAGGGAGCUGGAUUGACCUGCAAACUGCACAAGGAUUGCCUCCUGUGAGUCCAGGGAGCUCCAUGGGGCUUCAGCCCUCCUUAGGGCCCUAUGGGUCCGACCCACAACUGUGCACACUGCCACCAGCCCAGCUAUCUCCGGCGUCGCAUUCGCCCCACCUUUAUCCGCAGGAUGGCUUCAAGAUGGAGCCGAUGGCCUCUGAUAUGCUGCAGCAGGAGGCGUACUCCCUGGAGGAACCUCCGGAGACCUCGGUGUCACAUCGGCCAAAACCGCAGCGCCGUUCCUCCUCCAGGGGCGCCGGUCAAGCGGUGUGCCGCUGCCCCAACUGCGUCCAUGCGGAGCAGAUGGGCCAGAGCCCCGAUGACAGCAGGAGGAAGCACAUGCACAACUGCCACAUUCCCGGCUGCGGUAAAGCCUACGCCAAAACCUCCCACCUGAAGGCCCACCUGCGCUGGCACAGCGGCGACCGGCCCUUCGUCUGCAACUGGCUCUUCUGCGGCAAAAGAUUCACCCGCUCGGAUGAACUGCAGCGCCACCUACAGACACAUACCGGCGCCAAAAAGUUCAGCUGUGCGUUGUGUCCUAGAGUGUUCAUGCGCAAUGAUCAUCUCGCAAAGCACAUGCGCACACACGAGUCCCCGCCGGGACAAGGCGAGGAGCGGGUGAACGGAGAGGGGAGGGCAGAUAAAGGCUUUGAUGGGGCCACGCCCCCGCAGUCAACGUCUGACGGGGCAGAGCCCCCGCUGAAGCUGAAGUGUGAGGCAGACCCCUCAGGCCAGGCCAGCUAACUUCACCUCCGAUUAGUUCAGGGUACGCCGGCUGCUUCCCGCUCCGAUACAGAGGUGGCAUAGAAUUGCAGUAGAAUAGAGAGUAGGUGAAAGAUUUGACUGACGGGACAGAAACGUAGAAGGGUGAAGCUGUUUGGAGCUCACGGACACAGGAGGAUGUCCUUCUAGGUCCAGAAGGUCACAAAGAAGGUUGCUGAGCCAAAGCGAGAGCUGCAACCAGGAGGAGGCCACAGAAAAACGGCGGCUGGUCUGAAACACAUCAGUGCAACAAAAACAGACCCGUUUCAAAAAGAUGACGAAUAUUUCUUUAUGUGAAAGUUUGCUUUCAGUCAAAUGAAACAGUUACAUAAUAUAUUAGGAUUGAAUAUUAAGAUCGAGUGUUCUACAAUGUGACGGCUGAUCGCCAGAGGCGUGUUUAUUUUCACACAGUCUGACAGCAGAAAGGACUUGAUGACAGUCAAACAACGACACAAUGUGAACAGGUAUUCAGGACGGAGCAAACCAAGGCAGCGCGUUGCUUCUGAGAGGAGGAGGACGAAUCACAACAAGCUGAGCCUGAACGUUCAAAGAGCCGUCUAGAAGUGGAAGCUGACCUGGAUGGGAAACUGGUUUCUGUUGGAACACGUUGGCGACAGCAGGAAACAACAGAUCCAUCAAUGUUUUCGCUCUCAACGGUGGAUCAAAAAGGCAGUAAUAUGAGAAACAAACAAAACGCACCUGUGGUGAGAUGCAUCCCCCCUUCUCUCAGCACCACGUUGCGUUUUUCCGUCUAUUGUUUAAGUUUUUACUGUCGGUGACAGCUUUUCUGUGGAAGUCUCAAGACAGCAUGAAAGCAUGCAAUUUGACUAGUUUUAUCUUCAGAAAAUGAAACGUUUUUCUCAAGUUUAUAGCACAAAGUCCACAGGAGUGAGGAUUUGUUUGAAAAUAAAAAACAUUUAAAAUAACCAAAACAUAAUUUUGGAAACAGUUUUAUAGAAAAUGCAGUUGUUGUUUUUGUUUUACAAACAAUGAAAUAGAAUAUUCUACUUAAGCCGGUCUUUUUUGUUUUGGGGAAAGAGAAAAAAUGUCAAUGUGAACAAGAAUGAGUGGAUUAGCAUUAGAGGGCCAAAUAGAAUAACCAACCCCUACCAACUAUCAAAAACAAGUAGUUUUUUAUAUCAUUAUUUUAAGGUUUUUAACAUAGAUUUUAUAUUAUCCCCCUUGAGUUUGUAUUUUCAGUCAGUAAAAUGUAUGUAAGCUUAGACAUACAAAGACUUAGUACCAAAUCAAGAUGGCUUCUGUUGAUGUCAAUGGGUGGAAAUAUAAUUUUAUCCUAUUUUGUGUUGUAUUUACAAAUUUAAAUAUAAAAGACCACCAGUUUUCCACAGCUGGGUGCGUGAAAUUUUCUUUCAUGUCAACCCGCUGGAGGAGUAAGGUGCAAUCAUAAUCUCUAAAAUUAUUUUUAUAUGUUUUUGGUAAGAUCGGACACACAACCUCCCAAUUUCCAGGCAAGCAUUUUCUUAAUACCAUGGUUUAUUUACAGGAGUUAACAGCUUUUAUUAUCUCAAGAUAACUCGGCUGUCUAAAUAUUAAUUAUGAAUCAGUUUUUGAAAAAUUAUAAGAUAAAAAAAAUUGAAUUUUUUUUUCUUUUCUGGGGGGGAUUGGACAGGCGUAAAAAAUUUUUUUGAAAUGGCUUCCAUUAGAGUGACUGACUUUUGAAUUUUGCAGGUUUUUUUUAGACAAAAUUGAAAGCACCUGGUUGAGCCAAAUGCUGCCGAUACCUCCAGCGGACUUUCACAAAAGCCAAUAGCUACUUUCUAAGCCGAGGCGUUGGCAUCCAAACUUUGAUGGGUAACAAAAUUAUAUUGCCUCCUUGACCAACACUUUUUUUUAAAGGGCCUAUAUCAUCCAAAGUUAACUUCUUGAGCUUUUAAGUGUAUUAUAAUGUUAACUCCUCACAAAAAAAAACAAAACGGUCCAAAGCUGUAAUACGAAAGGCUUAAGAAUAGCAUGAUGUGGACCCUUAAAGAAAUCAAAAUGAUCAACAGAGGAAACGUCCAAAAAAAUGUAUUUGUUCUAGUUACUUUUUGUCUAGUUUGUGAAACAAAAGCGUGUGUGGACUCAACACGUGACUGUUUGGGUUUUAGAUCUAUCUGGCUGUGUUGCUACGCUGUUUUGAGAUGCCAGAACCGGUCAGAGUUAGCAUUUCUUGCUAAAUUAGCGAAUUUGAAUUUCUAGCAGCACUUAAAACUUUUGUCAAAUCUGAAAGUUUGCUUCUUCAAAUGGACCAAUUUAGAUUUUCCUUUUGAGGUUAGUUUUCAUGAUGACCCUCGGCAUUCUGUUACUUUUCUACUUUAGUUUGAGGCGGGUUUCUUUCUUUUUUUUAAAUUGCUAGUUAAUGACUCCGAUGAAAAUUGUGUUGUUUUUGCUUUUUACCAUGUUCAUGUGGUGUUUUUCUGAUGAUGGAGGACAUAUAUUGAGAAAAUUUAGCUUAAAAUUACAAUUAUGAGAAUGUCUUUGUUCAAAUGGUUAUGAACACGAAAAAAGGAGCAGACCAUAAAAAACGUGAUUGAAAAAAGAGGUUAUUUGUGACGUAGAAAAUACUCAAGCUCCCUGUUCUGCUCCAUUCUGAUGCUUCCACUUGUAAACAAAAUAGAUCCAUAAAUCUCUUAGUCCGAGCCAUCUGGCUCUAGACUGUACAUCUGGAUAGCUUGCCAUUUUUGUUGGUAAGGGAUGUAAGCUAACAGGAGAGACUGUAAACAGAGAGCUCUCAGAAACCAGGAGGGGAAAGGGGGUUGUUGCUCCACGCCAAUGGUCCCAUCCACAAUGUAGAGGGAAAUUUCAAAUAAAGUACUGCCGAUCUGCAGAAAUUAUGUAAAAAAAAAAGAUACUAGUUUUGUUUAUCUUGACUAUAAGCGGCAUAAUCAUAAUUAACAUACCAAUGGAAACACUUUGAAAAUAAAUAAAAGAGGAUCAGAGUGGGACUUUGAAACACACUAAAGGCCUUUACGAAAGACCACAAAAAAAUCUUUGAAGAAGCUGGUGAGCUUUUAAAAGUGUAACAAAUACCAAAGACAUACAAAUAAUAUAUAUUUUUGACUUGUGUGCUGGAAAGAAAAUGAAAACAAUGUUUUGUUUAGUACGUAUUUCCUUUCGUCAAAAUAAGUAAAUUACACCAACAUUGGUAGCUCUGCUGCCCUCUUGUGACCAAAGAUCAUAGCAGCAAAAAAUACUCAUGUUUCCUUGAAAUAAUGUCUCGAAUAAAAAUUUAAUUUCACCUGGUUAAAAAAAACCGCUCAAGCAGAGCAAGUUUAUGAGUAAUGUUGCACAUUUUUCAAAAUUCAGUCUCUUUAUGGGUAGAUUCUGGUCAAGAUCAUCUCUAAUAUUUAAAAGAAAGAUGACAACAUUAAGGAGGUGAAUGCAAACAUGAGCAGUUUCACAAAUCUGAAAAAUUACAGUGCAGUAGAACUACUAUUAGAUUUUUUUUUUUUUAUUAAAAAGAGACACACUUUUGUUAAAGAUGGAAUAAAAACUGAUCAAAAAAUGACAGAAUAAAGAGAACAGAGAAGACAAUAAUGAGGAAAAUAAGUUUUAAUUUUAAGGUUUUUCUUUAAACUUCCAUAAUCACUAUUGCAUAAUCUGUAGUCGAGUAGCAUGCAGGAUGUUAGGAAGUGUGAACUUCAUUACAGAAGAUAAACCCAGAAACUUUAAGGGAGGAUGAAAGUUUAUAUUUAUACAUAGAAGCUAUUGAAGACUGCUUAAAUUUUAGUCAAUCGCUGCUUAUUGACUAGUAUUAUUAAUAUUUGUUGAUGCUCUUUUAGAUAGAUUUAUUAUAUUUCAUUUUACAGAAACUGGUUUUUACAUAAAGUGCCUUAGUUGUGGAAACUGUAAUAAAUAAAUUAAACACAAAGUUGUAACUUCUAUUUAAUCUAUGAUUGUCAAUUAAAGAGAAAUAAAACU